GCAGCCUCUCCCGCAGAGAGUCCAGCUGCUUCUUGUGCGCCUGAAUGUUGCUCCAUGUGUCCGACAUGACGAGCAGUGAUGCCAACACCGACACCGCUCACACGAAACGGCUAUUGGUGCUGCAACCUAGCGCAAAGAUGGCGGAAGAGGAGAAGAGUGGUGAGCCAGUGAAAGACAAAAACGAACUGGAAAUUAUGAAGGAGCUGGUGGAUGAGCUGUAUAAUUUCCGCGAUCGCUAUUUCGAGACUCACGGCGUGGAGGAGGCUGGGAGGAAACAAAGCGAUGUCGCAAAGGAGAUAGAGAAGACUUUGAAGAAGCUGGAGGAGAAAGAGGAUCAUUUUAAACACAAAGCAGAGUUCCUGCUGCAGAAGGGCAGGUGUCUGAACGUGGCUCCUGACUUCAGUGCCGCGGCAGAGGAGUGCCUUGCCCGCGCCGUGAAGCUGGAGCCCGGCCUGGUGGACGGCUGGAACACAUUAGGGGAGCAGUACUGGAAAAAAGGAGACCUGAUCGGCGCCAAGAACUGCUUCACUGGAGCCCUACAGCAGAGCAAGAACAAAGUGUCUCUGCGUAACCUGUCCAUGGUGCUGAGACAGCUGCCGGCAGCGGACAGCACCGCACAUGCAAAGCAGGUGAUGGAGAGCGUGGACAUGGCCCGACAAGCCGUCCAGCUGGACGUCACAGACGGGACAUCCUGGUAUAUACUGGGAAACGCCAAUGUGUCCCUGUUUUUCAGCUGUGGACAGAAUCCACAGUUGUCUCAACAAGCUUUAAGUGCCUAUGCACAAUCUGAGAAAGUGGACAGAGCCGCCUCGUGUUACCCAGAGCUGCACUUCAACCGAUCCACACUGUUCCAGUAUGAGGAGAUGUUCAGCUCGGCACUCGGCGGCUACAGCCGAGCGGCGGAGCUCGACCCGGGCUGGGAGGAGCCUCUAGAGAGGGAGAAGCAGCUGCUGGAGUACCUGAGGAAAGUCACGGAACUCUUGCAGAACAAGGGGAAGGUGAAGGCUCGUCGGUUACGGACGAUGCUCUCCAACCUCAGCACGUCGGCCUUGGGUCCCUGCUCCUCGCCUGAGUUCCGUUCCCCGACGGGCCGCGUGGGCAGCCUGGAGCCCCGAACUCUUUCCUCCCUCACGCAAGGCCACAACGCCGGGGUGGCCGCGCUGGGCAAGGUGGUGUUCAGCCUGGCCUCUGAGGGUCGCAUGGCCUUUACGUUUGGCAUGGUGGACAGCGAGGAGACGUGUAUAGUGGUGAUGGUGUACAACACAGCAGACAGCUGGGGCGUCCUGAUAGGAGACACUGUAGUCAUUCCUGAACCUCAGGUCAAGCGAAACAGUAUAACACAUAAAGAUGAGUCGUUUGACUUCAGGAGUAUACGAGUGGACUCCCCUCUGCUCCUCAUCGUCAACGGCAAGAAGCAAAACGUCCAAAGUCAGCUGGCUGCCUCCGUCAGCUACAAGCCCCUGAGUGAAUGAGCUCAACGAGAAACACAAGGACCAAAUGUUUUUUUUCCCUGAAUUUCUGAAGAAGAGUUUGGAUAAUUAUUGAAGUUUCCAAAGUCUGUGCCUGUUUUUAAGUUGUUUUGUAAAUAGUUGUCACCCUGUUACUUUGUCUUUAGAGCCACGGUUUGUUAAUAUUUAUAAAUUGUUCUUUUUUUGUAUUCUGUUCUGGGGAUAUCAUGGGUUUGUUGCUACGUGAACUAUCCUGUGAUGAUUGGUGACGAUGAGAUGUCAGAACUGUGUCUUUACUCCUAAAGAAAAUCCUUUUGUCUUAAA